AUGUGCCCACCGACGCAGAUAUCUUAUAGUUUCAUGAGCAUUCGAAACAAUACCGCGCGGAGAAAGUUAGGUUACUUCUCAUGCUCCACCGGGAAUCCCAUCGACGACUGCUGGCGUUGUGACCGUAAAUGGCAACUCCGACGAAAACACCUCGCCGUCUGCGCAAUCGGGUUCGGACGCAACGCAAUAGGCGGCAGAGACGGACGUUACUACGUAGUAAGCAACCCUAACGACGAUAACCCGGUUAACCCUAAACCGGGCACACUCCGUCACGCCGUGAUCCAAGAAGAGCCUCUCUGGAUCGUAUUCAAACGCGACAUGGUCAUAACGCUGAAGCAAGAACUCAUCAUGAACAGUUUCAAGACAAUAGAUGGACGUGGCGUUAACGUACACAUAGCUAAUGGUGCAUGCAUAACGAUACAGUACGUGACGAACAUUAUCAUACAUGGGAUACAUAUACAUGAUUGUAAACCUACUGGUAACGCUAUGGUGAGAAGCUCACCGUCGCAUUAUGGAUGGAGGUCGAUGGCUGAUGGUGAUGGGAUCUCGAUCUUUGGGUCUAGUCAUAUUUGGAUUGAUCAUAACUCGCUUUCUAGUUGUGCUGAUGGGCUUAUUGAUGCUGUUAUGGCUUCCACUGCUAUUACUAUCUCUAACAAUUAUUUUACGCACCAUAACGAGGUUAUGUUGUUGGGACAUAGUGAUACUUACACAAGGGACAAGGUGAUGCAGGUUACUAUUGCUUAUAACCAUUUUGGUAGAGGUCUUAUCCAGAGAAUGCCAAGGUGUAGGCAUGGAUACUUUCAUGUAGUGAACAAUGACUACACGCACUGGGAGAUGUAUGCAAUUGGUGGCAGUGCUAGUCCCACCAUCAAUAGCCAAGGAAACAGAUAUCUUGCUCCGAGAAACCGGUUUGCUAAAGAGGUGACAAAGAGAGACUAUGCAGGGCACUGGCAGUGGAAGCAUUGGAAUUGGAGAUCAGAAGGAGACCUUUUCCUAAACGGUGCUUUCUUCACACGUUCUGGUUCAGGACGUGGAGCUAGCUAUGCUAGAGCAUCAAGUUUGGCUGCCAAAUCUUCGUCCCUUGUUGGCGUCCUUACCUCUACUUCUGGUGCUCUUAAUUGUAGAGGUGGUCGCCGGUGUUAAUACUUGCUCAUUAGUCUUCUUUUGGGUUCUUGCAUUUAUACAUGGCAAUAGCAAUUGAAAUGUUGGGCUUUGAUUUAAAAACUGCUCAACUGUAGUAUAAAAGUUGUAUGGAUUACAUUCUUGUUUUACCAGUCUAUAUUUGAUGUAUCUAAAGGCAAGAAAAGUUUGGACAACUCUUUUACUAUUUUAGUUUCUUCUUACAUCAUGG